CGUCACUUCCUUGCAAACUUUCCCGAGAAUAUGCCCGUGCAAAAGUUGUUUGUCUUCAAAGGCUGGAGGCUGUGGGGCUGUUUCCUCGCCCUCUGACUGCGGGGUGCGGGGGAAGAGAGGGACCUUUCUCUCUCUCACACCCCCCUUUCCUUUCCUUUCCUUUCCUUUCUCGCUUUUCCCUGCCGGAUUUGCAUGUCAGGUUUCCUGUGUUUGUCACCAAGAGACGAACGGCCAGUAUGGACAGGCUGCCUGGCAAGGGCUGAGCCACCGGGACCGUUAGACUGGCAAGGGGAGGAGAGAAAUAAAUAAAAUAAGAAAAAGAAGGCGAAGACGAAGAAGAGAUUGCGAGCCGAUCAAGUCCUCAACCCCAGCAAGCAUCCCGUGCAGGGGACUUUCUCUACAACCUCCUCUUUUUCUUAGCAACUGCAGCUGCGUCCCCAACGGCUCUCCGUGCCCCAGGAGCGCUUGGCAAGCGCAGCGCAGAGACCCGCCACUUACAGUACUGCAUCGUUAAGAAGUCAUGGCCAGCGACUACACGGCGAGGAGCCUGGACAGCAUCGACCUGUCUGCGCUCAGGGAUCCAGCAGGGAUAUUUGAACUAGUACAAGUUGUUGGAAAUGGGACGUAUGGGCAAGUCUAUAAGGGUCGCCAUGUGAAGACUGGGCAGCUUGCAGCAAUCAAGGUUAUGAAUGUGACAGAGGAUGAAGAAGAGGAAAUCAAACUGGAAAUAAACAUGUUGAAGAAAUAUUCCCAUCACAGGAACAUUGCAACGUAUUAUGGAGCAUUUGUAAAGAAAAGUCCUGUGGGUCAGGAUGACCAGCUGUGGCUGGUGAUGGAAUAUUGUGGAGCUGGUUCUGUGACAGAUUUGGUGAAGAAGACAAAAGGAAACUGUUUCAAAGAAGACUGGAUUGCGUAUAUAUGCAGAGAAGUUCUCAGGGGAUUAGCACACUUACAUGCUCAUCAUGUUAUCCACCGAGACAUUAAAGGGCAGAAUGUGCUUCUGACAGAAAAUGCUGAAGUGAAGCUAGUGGAUUUUGGAGUGAGUGCCCAACUAGACAGGACAAUUGGCAGAAGGAACACAUUCAUUGGGACCCCCUACUGGAUGGCACCAGAGGUCAUUGCUUGUGAUGAAAACCCAGAGUCAACAUAUGACUACAGAAGUGACUUGUGGUCACUGGGAAUCACAGCUAUCGAGAUGGCCGAAGGGGCUCCUCCAUUGUGUGACAUGCAUCCUAUGAGGGCUCUGUUUCUCAUUCCACGGAACCCUCCCCCAAAACUGAAAUCCAGAAAAUGGUCUAAGAAAUUUCUGAACUUUGUGGACACCUGUUUGGUUAAGAAUUACGUGCAUCGCCCAGCAACAGAUACCCUGCUUAAACAUUCCUUUAUCAGAGACAUGCAGAAUGAACGACAGGUGCGCAUCUUGCUAAAAGACCAUCUAGAUAGGACCAGGAAGAAGAAGGGAGAGAAAGAUGAAACAGAAUAUGAAUACAGUGGAAGUGAGGAAGAAGCCGAUGAGCUGAACGAAGAUGAAGGAGAACCAAGCUCCAUUGUUAAUCUCCCUGGCGAAUCGACCCUCCGCCGCGAAUUCCUGAGGCUUCAGCAAGAGAACAAAAGCCGUUUCGAACCUCAGCGACAGCAGCAGAUGCAGAAGCAGCAGCUUAAAGACCAGGAAAAGUACAAAAAGCAGCUCUCGGAAGACAGACAGAAACGGAUUGUGGAACAAAAGCUGCAGAGGAAAAAGUUGGAGGAUCACCAGAAGAGAGAAGAGCUUCGGAAGCAUUUGGACCUCGAAAGGAGAUGUCCGGAGAUCAAGGCAGCUCAAAACAAAAUGGAGAAGGAUAAAGACGACAUGCUAAGUUGUGAAGAUGAGUGGAGCAAAGUGGAAGGAGACAAGAAACUGGAAAAUUAUCAGAAAAAAGUUGAGGAAGUGCAUCAUGGCAAGAAGCUUCACCGGACUCUUCCUAAAGAUCAAACACAGCUGCUUUCUCUCCAACAUGACCACAAGCAGAAGACUAAAGAUCCCCCGAAGCUCCUCAGCCCCCAAACCCGUCUCCCUUCGAACAGUACAAGCAAAGAGACUGAGAGCAAGCGUGAGAAGAGUGAUAGCAUCCAAACUGAUCUCAACUGGGCCGCUGUUCUUGAGCAUGAUGCCACCUCACAUGGUCGACUAGGUUCUGGAAGCAACUCCAGCCCAUGUACUCCAGCUUUGCAAAGAGCAGUGAUGGCUCAGAGUGAAAACCUACGAGCGACUCGAGAUAUGUAUCACAGCAGUUCGUUGUCUGAUGUUGCUGUCACCCCAGCGAGCCCCAAUCAGGACGAUGUCUUCUGGAGUAUAUGUCAAAGUGAAGAGCAACCUCCAAAGGUUCCUGAAAGGACAACCUCAAAAAUUUAUACCAGAGAUCAUCUUGGUCACCAGAGUUACCCAUCAAGCACACAGCAACCAUCCCUGGGGGGACCCGCAACGAAAACCAACAACAGCUGCUGCAACUCCAGCAGCAGCAGCAGACAAAGGGAGUCGGCAUCUCAUCAGAACAAGCGAUCGACUUCAGGGUCGUCCAGGCUAAACAGCCACCAACAGUCGUACAAGAAACCUGGAAAUGCAUCUCAUCAGUUUCAUAUUUCAAGUCCACCCUUUUUUGGCAAGGGGAGAGAUGGUGGCAACUUGCUCCAGAAAUCAUCAGAAUAUUCAUCCUCCAGCGAUGAGAUGUGCAGCAGUGAUGACGACGACAACGAUGGCAAUCAGAUAAGGCAACCACCCAGCAAUGGAGUGAUGGGUUUCUCAAGGGCAAGAGUUCCAGAUGAGACUGAACCAAACCCUCAGAGUUCAGUAAUGGACCAGAAGGGUUAUGUUGCAGGAAAGCUCGGCUGCAGUUCUCAGGAACGAUUCUGGGGCAUGAGCAACCAAAACUAUCUUCUCCCAGACCUCUUGCAACAGAGCCAGGUUUCGAAUUGUUCAACAAACCAGCUAAAAGUUGCUCAGAACCACUUUCCGGUACCUCAGAGCAAGCCUAUUUCCAACAAGGCACCGAGCACUAACAACACCCCCUCAAAAAAUAGUUCCUCCUCUACGACAUCAUUCACAUCAUUCAUAGAUCCUAGGCUUCUACAAAUGUCACCUCCUUCAAGUCCAACUGGGCUAGACUGUGGUUCUCCAUCCAGUGUGAAACCAGAGCCCACCAGCAGGCAAAAUGCAAGGAAAGGUUCCGUUGUCAACGUGAACCCCACCAAUAUCCGGCCACAGAGUGACAGUCCAGAAAUCCGCAAAUACAAAAAGAAGUUCAACUCAGAGAUCUUGUGUUCCGCAUUGUGGGGGGUGAAUUUGCUUGUGGGGACUGAGAAUGGAUUGUGGCUUCUAGACAGAAGCGGCCAAGGAAGAGUUUACUCAUUGAUAACCAGGAGGCGGUUCCAACAGAUGGAUGUGCUCGAAGGACUCAAUGUGCUAAUUACCAUCUCAGGCAAAAAGAACAAGCUACGUGUCUACUAUCUAUCCUGGCUGAGGAAUAAGAUUUUGCGGAAUGAUCCGGAUGUGGAAAAGCGACAAGGCUGGGUGUCUGUGGGUGACCUGGAAGGAUGUAUACACUACAAAGUUGUGAAAUACGAGAGGAUCAAAUUUCUUGUGAUCGCUGUGAAAAACUCAGUUGAAGUCUACGCCUGGGCUCCUAAACCAUAUCACAAAUUCAUGGCAUUCAAGUCCUUCACUUCACUUCACCACAAACCACUGUUGGUUGACUUGACGGUUGAGAAUGGACAGAGGUUGAAAGUGAUCUAUGGCUCACCAGUUGGAUUUCAUGCUAUUGAUGUGGACUCUGGCUCAGUGUAUGACCUGUACCUUCCCACACAUAUCCAAGGGAAUAUCCACCCUCAUGCUGUUAUCAUACUCCCUAAUACCAGCGGAGUGGAACUUCUUCUUACCUACGAAGACGAAGGGGUCUACAUCAACAUAUAUGGACGUUUCUCAAAGGAAAAUGUUUUGCAGUGGGGGGAAAUGCCAGCAUCUGUAGCCUACCUUCAACCGAACCAAGUUAUGGGCUGGGGAGAGAAAGCUAUUGAACUGCGCUCGGUGGAGACGGGAAACCUGGAAGGUGUGUUUAUGCACAAGAAAGCACAGAAGCUGAAGUUUCUUUGUGAAAGGAACGAUAAGGUGUUCUUUGCAUCUGUUCAGUCUGGAGGCAGCAGUCAAAUUUACUUUAUGACACUUGGCCAGAACAUACUAUUCAACUGGUAAAUCACAUCAGAAUGAAAUGUCGUUUGAUCUUUCCCACUGGAUGUAAAAAGGAAUCCGGUUACCGGCAUUUCCAUAUUUUUCCACAAGGGGUAACAAGAACCCUACCAUCAUUAUACCGUCCUUCAGCUGUGGAAAAGUUCAAUUUUCUUUUCUUUUCACAUAAAUAUUGUAAUGUUGUUUUGCUAAGUGUUUUAUCUUUUCAUUCUGGACAACAAUAUGUAGAUACAGUAUAUGUCUUGCUGUGAGCUGGAAAUCCACUUGGUUUUGUAUCCUUUUGCUCUUCUUGAAAAAUCUUAGCCACAAGUAUUAAUCUUCAUCUCAGAACUUAAAAGUGACAGCUUUUACUUCUCAGCAAAAAUGACUUGUUGGAUUCUUUUUUCAGUCAGGGCAAGUCCAUGAGAACUCCCCAGUGAUCUGUUGCUCUUAAGUCAUUUGGGGCUGCUGGUUUCUCCUGCAAACAUCCUGAUUUUUAUCAGGCUUUGAAACCUUGUAUACGUAAUGACAGUACACUGCUAUACACACUAUUACUGUAUAAUGUAUUUCUAAUGAUAUUUUAAACAGCAAUGUAUUGCUUACAGACAUGGGGUGUUUGUAGAUCGAUCCUACAAAUCUUGCUUGCAAAAGUGGCCCUUACUUCAAGUGCAGGAUCCAAGCUCCUUCUAGUUUUUUGGGUGACAUAAUCUGGUUUCAAUAGAAAUUGCUAUUUAUGUAUAAGUCUGUAAAUAUGUUCUUUACUCAACCCAAAGAAACAAGGGCCACAGUUCACUGGGGACUUCUUGUUGAAAUGGGGGGGGGGGAUUCCUGCUCAUUUUAGUAGGAGCUUAACACAGCAGAAGUUGCCAGUUGAUCAAACUGAUUAGCCUUUAAAAGCAAGAAAACUCCCGAUAUGCAUUGUGUAUGAAUUAUGUCUGAGCUAUAGUGACACACUGGUGUUUUUCCACCAUGAAAUUAUAUUCUCAGGGGUUUAUAUUUUGGGCUACUCUAGAUUUUAGCUUUCAGGUUUACAUGUGCAAUUGUGACUUAGCUAAAGUUCAUGCAAUACUUUGAAAAAUGCAAAGCACUAUAAAAAGUACUAUAUACUAUGAUUAUAUAAUAACUGAAAACUUGAUACAAAAUAUUUUUUAUCCAAGAUAGAUAUACAGCAAUCUUUAUUGGGGUGGGGGUGGGGUGGGGGUAAUAGGAGGUUGGGGAAAUUAAGUACAGUAUUUUAAAAUUAAUAUAGAGAUGUGCCAGAACAGAAGCUGGAAGGCCACAUAAGACACAUGCUAGAUGUUCAGUCAGGUACAUUUUCAAAGGACACUGUAGCUCAGUAACACAUUUUAUGUUUGCGGGUGGUUUCAGAUUCCAUCAUUGGCAUUAUCUCAGCACAGCAUGACUGGAAAAAAACUGGAGAGAUAAUGCUUGUCAAAACCAUAAAAGACUGCACUAGAUAGCCUGACUAAGGCAACUCCCUAUGUGCCUAUGCAAAGCUAUAGUGAUUUUAGUUAAUUGCUAAAAUAUGCAGAACAGAUAUUGGAGUGCUCUGAUCAGGUUUCAGGCGUGUGAGAAAGUUCUUUGAUUUUAUUCUACAAGCUGCAGCUGUGACUGAGGAUUGCUAACUACACCAGAUUAACCAACUGCAAGGAAGCCAAUGCUGAAGCAGUUGCCCUGUUAGAAUUCCCACCUUAAAGCGAUACCCCUUUUAUUUCUUCCAUCGUGUUUUACAAGAAGCGGAAACUCUCAGCUGUGAUCUUUGCUUCAUGAAAUUACAUGUUUGCUUGCUUUUUGCAUCUGCUCCUAUUGCACAAUUUCACAUUGUAUCUGCCUCCCAGAAUUUGAUGGAGGAGAUAGCCAUUUUGAGGCCCUUGGAAUAGCUAGGAUAGCCAAAGGUUCACCCAUCAAUUGGUUGGUUGGUUGGCCUUCUUGCUCUGUGUGUCAGACUUGUAUCAAGUCAUUCUCUCGCUUGAACAGGAUCUAGCCUGGCCUGCUGCUACUGGACAUUACUGACUUAAGGUUUUACACACACACACACACACACACACACACACACACACACACACACGUUUGUAGGUUUGCUUAUAUAAGGACUUCGAAAGUGGUUUGUGAGCUUAUCUAAUGAUUUAAAACCUAACGAUUUAAAAGGGCUCUUUGGUUUGCUACAGGAUCCCAUCCCUUGAUGCGUCCCCUAGUCAACUGAUUGCCAGCGAGUGGUAAUUUCAAGCUGGGUGGCUGUCUGUGUGCUGACAAUGGUAUUCCGUCAACUGCUUUUCUCAGUACAGUAUUCCCAAGGAUGGGCUAUAAGUCACUUGUGACUUGCUGCAGUACCUUUAACUUGCAGUAGGGGAGUCCAGUUUUGUUGUCACAUAGUUUGUGUUCCUGACUUUUGUGAUUUCCUAGAAUCAUAGAAUUGUAGAAUUGGAAGGGACCAUGAGGGCCAUCUAGUCCGACCCUCUGCAAGGCAGGACUCUUGUGCCCAACGUGGGCUUGAACCCGUGACCGUGAGGUUAAGAGUCUCAUGCUCUACUGACUGAGUUAUUUGAGUCAGUCCACUAUUCUAACUCAGUUGUUGAGACUCAAGAAAUGAGUUUAUCCAAGAUCAUCCAGGUAUUUUGCAGGCCACUUGGAUGCAAAUAGAUGCAAAAAGAUAGCUCACCAACUGCAGGGGGAAUUGCCUUAGGCAGUUGUACACACACACACACACACACACACACAAACACACACACACACACACACACACACACACACACACACACGUGAACUUCGGGAGACAGAUCAUCAAAUGCCGAAAACCUCUAACUUCCUAAGAUAUUUAGCUGAACUUGCUUGCAAUGGUCCUUGUUGAAACUGUCAUCUGCAAAUAAACUGCAUGGAAAUCAGUGUGGUACUUCAUGAAGGAGGGGCUUAAAAAUUUGUUAGCAUUUUGUCAAUUUCAAUGAAAGGACCAGCAGAGUUUGCAAGUGGCCCUGACAUUCUGGAACCAUCACACUGGACUCUUAUCUUUUGCUUUCUCUUUUAGAAAACUACUUUUAAGUACUGUAAACAAAUGAUCAUCACUGAAAGCCAAGUGUUCACCAGCACUUAUCCAACUUGUUUUUAUAAUGCUUUUUUUUAAAUUAAAAAAAUGUGUUAAAAUGAAAAGGGGAAAUUUCAGUUGAUUUUAUAUCAUCAGUUGUAAUUGGUAUAUAAAAGUCUCAUAGGCUUCAGGUAUACACAGUUAGAUAAAUGAUUCCUCCACUUUGAGCUAUGUGGUUGGGAAAGGGCCUUAGCUCUGUAGUUGGGCAAUCGCUUUGCAUGCAAAAGGUUCUAGCUUCAAUCUCCAAAUUCUCCAGGUAUGUUUGGGGAAAGACCCUUGUCUGUAACCCUGGAGAGCCAUUCCUGGUCAGUGUUCACUAUACUAAGCAGAUGAGCCAUUGGUCUGACUUGAUUUAAGGCAGCUUCCUAUGUAGCUCAAUUUGUUGGUUUGCUAUUUUUUUCUUUUCUUCUUUUUUUUUUUAAAGAGUGUAUCUAUGGGAUGGGCAAAGAGCAACAGCAGAAUUUCCUUCCUGAAUUACAGAAUUAUCAGUAGAGAAAAUAGGAUGGUAUGGGGAUGUGUGGCAAAGGUAUAUGCGUGUAGGCUAUGUAAGGAUGAAGGCUUUUCUCUCCCAAGUCUCUGAGGGUUCAAAGUUCACAAAAAACACAACAGAUAUACAGGCUGCAAUAGGAGCUAACUCCUACAGGCCAAGGUCCCUUCAGCUCCCUCCAUAAAUUAUUUGAGGGGGCCAGUCCUCCCCCCCCCACCCCCAGUUGAUGGGCAUUGCCAUUCAAAUGGUAUGUGUGUGCCAUGUUCUGUGACUGAUUUUGUGGGGUGGGGCUUACCUGCCGCACGCCACCCAAUAUUUUAUUUAAGUUGCCACCUCUCCAUGUUGCAUUCCUGUGUCACUGUAAGUUUUGGUUAAUGGUUCAUUGAGAACAUGCAGAUCGCUUGUGUUUUGCUCCCCUCCUUUUUGCAAGGGGGAGCAACAACAACAACAAAAAACCCACAACUCUUGGCUGCAAUUGCAUCUGAACUAGGUAUUGUGGUUGUUUUGCUCCAAGCAAACUACAGUGGUUUUUGCCAAGAGCAAACCUUGGCUUGCAUAUCAGGCUUUGCUUUAGGGAAAUCAAACCAUGAGCCCUGGCUCGAUUGCCAAACUAAGCCAAGAAUCAUGGUUUGAUGCUCCCAUGCAGGACAGGAGCAAUCUGUACACUUAUGGUAAAUAGUUAAUGAUGGUUUAUUGCAGGGAUCCUACAGGUGUUAUUAGACUAAAUAUCUGACCAUUGUGAAUGCUGGCUGCGGCUGAUGGAGACUCUGUGAGGUCUUGCAGAGAACACAAACUGGACAUUAUGGCUGCAUCCCUACACACACUUACCAAGGAGGAAGCCCCACUGACCACAGCAGGACCAAUGCCUGAGAAAACACAUAGAAUUGCAGUGUGAGAAUAUGUGCUGUUAUCUUUAUUAUUAGUUUGCCGUGGGAUAAGCAGUCUUCGGACAUUAUUCUUUUGCUAUGGGAUUAACAAAGGCAAGUUGGUAGGGAUCUGUUAUUCCUAAGCAUGGUAGAUCAAAAAGCCAAGGUUUUUUCAUAGUUCACAAUUAAUGCAACAGUUAGGAAGAGCAAGGCUGUGAGAGUCAAUCAAUGCUAGUAGGGAAAAAUGAAUAAAUGGUUAGGAAGGAUAUGUGAAAUGUCACUAAGGAGGAGAAAAUAGAAAGGCGAAUGUUGGUGAACUAUUAGGCUGCUGAGUGAUUCCAUACCCAAUUUCUGACAAGCAAGUUUCAACUCCAUUAGAGUUACUUUUGAGUAAAAUUGCAUACAAAAGGAACACAGGAAGCUCCCUUAAACUGAGUUAGACCAAUAUGGGCUGCACUGGCAGCUGGCAGCCAUUCAGGGUUUCAGAGACACAACAUUCCUAGUCCUAGCCCAACAAUUCCACCUUUUUUGAGGACUUUUUGCAGUUACUUGCAUGGAAACAUACUGAGAAUUGAUUAACAGGAAGACUUAUGAAGGCUUAAGGUCAAUGGGAGGAUUAUAAGCAAGUGAAGCACGAUAACUGUUGAUUAUCAUUAUAACCUCCUAGCUACCAAAUCAGAAUGAAUGUUCAAUAGAUACCAGGCAUAAUCUAGCCGCUGUGUAUGCAAGUCAGGUAGGAUACAUGCACAGGGAGCCCUGAGAAGAUUAACACAAUCCUAACUCAGAACUAAACCCUAUUUAAUUCAAUGGGGUUUACUUUCAGGUCAACAGAGUUGGGAUUGCAGCCUCAAAAACUCUGCUCUUGUUUGUUUGCUUGUUUUCUAAAACAAAUUUCAAGCGAAAUAAUUAUUCAGGAUAAAAUGCUCUAGGGAGAGAAUGUAAUUAUUAAUAAUAAUCCAGCAAUACUGAUGUCCUAGUAAUUCCCACAACUGCUUUUCUUAAAAGAAUUCUCUAUAUUUGUAAUUUACUGUUGUGAAAAAGUAACAAAAGCAAUAAACUGUGCACUUACAUUUAUUUUGCAAGCUGCAUUGUUCUAGCCCAAACCUGUGACUCCAGAAAGUGAGAACAAUAAAUGUUAUGUACUGUAUAUCAAUGGGAAUGUUUUAUUUUAUACUAAUUGUUCUUUAAUGUCCAAAUUGUAUAUUUGUAACAGCAAAAAUAAAGCAAUAUUCUGAGUGGAAAACUGGAUUUCUUUAAACUCUUACU